GUGAAUGCAGAGAGAGAGAGAGAGAGAGCGAGAGAGAGAGCGAGAGAGACAGAGCGAGAGAGCGAGAGAGAGAGCGAGAGAGUGAGUGAGGGAGCGAGAUCAAGCAAAAGAAGGUUAGCCAGCAGCGAGUUAGGAAAAUGGCGAUCAUGCAGGACAAAUGCCUCCCCUCGUAGAUGCUGCAAACGCGUUGGAAUUAUUUUAGCCUUACUGCCGGCUUUCCUUUCCACUCUGUUGCACUUUAUACUUCAAUGAGAGAUUUGGAAUUGAAAGCUGUUGCCACCAAAGAAGCUGAAGCAUCGAAACAGGGAACAUACCCAUAGAGGGAAGAACAGUGGAUGGAAGAGAGAGAAAGACGAGAGUGUGACGAGGACAGAGGAUAAGAAGAUACAGCACUGGUCAAAAGUGCCAGAGCAUACUAAGUCAAGGCAGAGUCUUAAAUCUAAACCACAACCCCCCCCCUUCCCCCUCCCCACAUACAUACACACACACACACACACAAACGCACACACAAACAGUCCUUAGCAAUGCCAAGGGGGCCUGAUCAGCCUGCUGCCUGCUCUGACAAGCCCCUCCUCUUCACCUCACACCCUUGAGCCUGUGCCCGCUGAGGUUUGACUUUUGACCUCCCCUUUGUCAACCUUGGAACCAGAGGUCACUUGUUCUUCACUCAACCCAGGGACGCCCUCCUGCCCAAACAGGAGCUGCAGCCACAAGUCCCACUCAAAGGCAUGGCUCCCAUUCGGGAUUCCGUCAGCCACUCCCCUAAUCAAACAGGUCUGGAGCAUCCUGGCUUAGACUCCCAGUAUGAGCCUUCCCCCUGGUCCUCUGGCUCUCCCUGCAGCAGUGACGGCAACAGUAACUGGGGCAAAGUCCUAGUAGAAGGAAGCACCGACAAACCCAACCCCCCUUCUUCAACUAACUCUUCUGUCUGGCCUCCCUCCUCUUCUUCAUUUUCUUGCUCCUCGUCGUCUUCCUCUUCUGGUUGCGGGUCAGGAUCAGACCCUGAGUUGGCAUCAGAAUGCAUGGACGCAGACUCUAGCUCCUCAAUCGGCUCAGAGAAAAACCUCACCGCUGUGACGACAGUGAUGAUGAUGUCAAAUGCUUCUUCCUCUGUGUCUUCUACAGCUUCUCCCUCCUCCUCUAUGACAACUUCUGCCAUGAUUGUCAGCGUUUCAGUGAAUGGAGACAGCAACGGCAACAGUCGUCAAGUAAUUGGUGGAGGGAUGGGAACCACCAGCGGUGCAAAUAAUGGAAACAAUAACAUCACCGGGUCCUCCCACUACUCCGUGGCUGGUUCCAGCAGUAUUGGCAGCAAUAAUAUGGGUAACCACAACAACAAACCCGUCAUCAAUAACAGUAGUGUAUGGGGCAGCAACAUGAUCCCCACCGGCGGAAGCACCUCCUACAUCAAUGUAGGGUUAAACCCAAACACUUUAAGCCCAAAUGCCAACCAUGGUGCCUGGUCGCAGAAUCCAAGCCCAGUGUCCCAGGGCCAACGGCCUCCACAGGCUCAGGGGAUGAGUUCCAAACUGGGUAUAGCUCCCCAACAGGGCUCCGCUCCGGGCUGGGGUGGCAUGGCAGCUCCAACCAGCAGUAUAAUGGAAGACACUGAGGUGAAUAAUGGUACAGCAAGCAGCAAUGUGUUAGGAAGCAGCAACAGUGGAAAUGGUGGCCUACAACCUACCAACCUUAACACUGAAUCCAAUGGACCAAAUAACACUAUUAUGAUGAAUACUACUACUACUACUACUACUACUACUACUAACGCCACAAUGACCUCUAGUUCACCAAACUCUACAGCCUCACCCCAACUCAGCGGGGAUUGUUCCUGGGGCUCUAUUAGAGGAGGGAAUGGGGGUCCGCUGGCCAAUGGAAACCCCUCAUCAGCCCCCCAGCACCCCCAAGGAGAGCAGGGGGGUCCUGGAACCUUCGGUACGCCUUGGGGCGCAACUACCUACCCUGGAGAUAAAGGCCCCCCGAAUGCAGACACUGUGAACACCCAAAACCCUGCCUUAAUGCAGGCAGGGAACCCCCAAAUCUCCUCUGCUGCUUACAAGAGUAAUAAUAACCACAAUAACACUGGGGCUCCACGCUGGGACCAGGGGCCAACCAAUAACCCAAACCAGACUCAGAGCAACUUGUCUUGGGGUAUCGGCUCAAAUCAAAUCCCAAGCUCUGCAGGCCAAACACCAGGAAAUGGGAACCAAACUACGAUGGGCCCUCCAGCAGGGUUACCUCGCCCUUGGGGGAGCAGCGCGUCAUCCUCGUCCUCGUCCUCAUCAUCCUCUUCCACAUCUAACAACAAGAUGUCAAAUGGAGAAUGGGGAUCAACAACUCCUGGUAACAACCCUUCAGAUGCUGGAAGUCAUAAAGGAAACUCUGCCAACAAUGGCUGGAAGAGCCUGGAGGAUGACGCCAUGGGCAUAGGAGGUGGAGGAGUUGGAGGAGGUGGAAGCCAUGGCUUGGGGAGUGUCACUGGAGGCUGGGGUCGAACUGGAGGAAGUGAGGGAAGCGUAGAGAGCUCUGGAGGCCGAUCUAGCUCAGACAGAGACGGCAGCCAGCCGAAAGGGGGAAAUCGCAGAAAAGUUGUCCCUCCUGCAACCAUACUCCCAGCUGUGUUGCAGGCCGAUGUGGACCCGAGGGUUCUUUCCAACACUGGAUGGGGGCAGACACCCAUAAGGCAAAACACCACCUGGGAUGUCAAUUCCCCCGCUAACAAUCGACUUCAGGUUCCCAAUAGAGACGAAAGAAAGCAAAGCAGCGGAGGCUCCGGAUGGGGCACAGCAACACCGGCAGCUCCCUCCCAGACCUCAGGAGGUUGGGGUGGUGGGCCGGGCAGCUCGGGCCCAGGUACAGGGGUUUCUGACUGGGGAGAGCGUCCACCCUCUGGGUGGGACAGCAAAGUCCCAGCGAGUGGAGGAGGUGGGCAUAAUGCCUGGAACGAUGGAUCCAGCUACAAGGGGAGCAACAACGGCAACACCUGGAGCAAUAACAUUAACAAAGAUGACAGGUCCAGUACGUGGACUAAUGUGCCCAAACCUCAUCAGGGCUGGGGUUCCAAUACUGGAAAUGGAAGUGAAGGAUGGGGUAAUGGUGGAGAUGGUUCAAGAACAGGGGGCAACAACCACUGGGGGGAGCCCCAAAAAGGUGCAAGCUCAGUGGGCUGGGACAGCGACAGCGACCGGUCAGGCUCUGGAUGUUGGAGUGAGCAAAGCCGAACCAACACCAGUAGCAGCAACACCUGGAUAGGGAGCGGAGGAUCAAAUACUCCAGACCAGAGCACUCCAAACCCAGGCUCCAACUGGGGUGACUCAGUACACAAACCCAAUCCUAGUAACGGUAACAGCCAGGGCUGGGGUGAGCCAAUGAAGAACAACCACGGAGCCCAGAACUGGGGCGAGCCAAAUCCCAAGCCCUCCAAUGAGUGGGGAAAAGGUCUAGAAUCCAACUUCUCCAAAGGCAAUCCAGCCCCUAACAAGCCCACAGGCUGGUUGGGAGGCCCCAUGCCCACUGCCGGUCAGAAAGAGGAAGUAGCAACUGGGUGGGAAGAGCCUUCUCCAGAGUCUGUUCGUCGUAGGAUGGAGAUUGAUGAUGGGACAGCAGCUUGGGGAGACCCUGGUAAAUACAGCGGUGGAUCUGUCAACAUGUGGAACAGGACUGCCCAAUCAGACAAGGAGGCCGUAGGCCCAUCCACUCAGCACCAGUCCCACCCGGCACGCAGCACGAUGCAUCCCCCUCCUCAGCCCAUGCAGCCUCAUACCCAGGACAAAAGCAGUAGUUCUAUUUGGGGUGAGACUUACCCCCAGAAGAAGGAAUCCUCAACCUGGGAACCUACCCCCGCCCCACCUGUGAAAGUAGACAACGGGACGUCUGCCUGGGGGAAGCCCACGGAAGCCAGCACCACCUGGGAAGAACCCAGCAGGGAUAACCGAGAGUCUGGGCCUGGAUGGGGCGGCCAGCAUAAGUCUGCUCCAGCUCCCAAGCCCAUGGAGACAUGGGGUGGUGAGGAGGCAGCCAUGGGCAAUAGCUGGGACCAGGAAGAGGAGGUGGAGAUUGGCAUGUGGAACAACAGCCAACAGGACAACAGGUCCCACGACCAAAACACCUGGAACUACAAGCAUAAAGGCUCCAACAAGAUAACCAAACCAGUCAACAAACAGGAUGAACCCUGGAUGAAACCCUUCAUCAACCAGUUCAACAGCAUGAACUUCUCCCGAGACUCUCCUGACGACUCCAUGAAGACAGGAGCAGGGAUGGUGCAGGACAAGCGUAUGGACAUGGGCAGUAUGGGAGACUUCAAUGGAGUCAUGGGCAAGAACCCAGGCUCUCGACACCAGCUUCAUAAGGAGUCUGCCAUGGAUCGCAACCCUUACUAUGACAAGCUGUCAGUUUCCGCCUCUGCUUACAAUAAUCCAGCUUCUGAUGAGCUCUCCUCCAAUCAAAGCAUGAGCUUUCCCCCUUCCAAUUCCGCUCAACCUAUACCCUGUCUUGACUCUGGGCUGUCUCCUGCCCACUCUAUUCCCGGAGGCGCUCGGCAGAAUGUAAAUCCUAUGAUGGGCGGCAGCAGUGUAGCACAGGGCCGAGGCGGCCCCCAAUCCCAGGUCCCCUCCCAACCCAACCUCCGUAACCAAGUGCCUCCACCCAUUCUGCCCUCUCAGGUGCCUCCAUCACUGUUGAAGUACCCAGGAGGUAACGGAGGUCUGAACCCUCUGUUUGGCCCUCAGCAGGUGGCUGUGCUCAACCAACUCUCUCAGCUCAACCAGCUGUCACAGCUCAACCAGAUCAACCAGUUACAGCGUCUUCUCCUCCAGCAGCAGCAGCAGCAGCAGCAGCAGCAGAAGACUCAGAGCCAGAGAGCCGUGCCUGUGGGACGACCAACUGAACAGACACGUCCUAUUGGUUCAUCUCCAUCAAUGAUGCCGCCACCACGGCACCUGGACCCCUCACUGCUGAAACAUGCCCCACCCCACAAACCGUACCUGGAUAAUUACUUGUCCCACAAUACCCCUGAGAUGCAGAAGGAUGCUGCUUCUCUUGGAUCCUUCAAUUUCCCUUUAAGCUUGAACUCUAACCUGAAUGUACCCCUGGACAUGGGUGGUGGGUGUAGUGGUGGUGGAGCUUUGAGCUACAAAGAGCCGCCUCAGUCCAGACUGAAGAAACUUUGGGCUACUGACCCUCUGGAGCAGAACAGCAAACCUGGUGCUAUGUCGUCUGGGCUGCGUCUGGAAGACCCUCCCUUCUAUGACUUCCUCUCUCCUGGCCCAUCUCCCCUGAGUCCCCCCGGCCAAUCAAUGGGCUCGGUGGGCGAUGGCUGGCCGCCCCGUGCCAACUCCCCCCCGCCCCAUGGAAACACUGUCACCUGGCCCCCAGAGUUCCGGCCCGGCGAGCCUUGGAAAGGUUACCCCAACAUUGACCCUGAGACUGACCCUUUUGUGACCCCCGGUAGUGUCAUCAACAACCUCUCCAUCAACACCGUCCGUGACACAGACCACCUCAGGGACAGGAACAACGGGCCAUCCUCAUCACUAAACACCACGAUGCCUUCUAACAGUGCCUGGUCAUCCAUUCGUGCCUCCAGCCACAGCGGUUCCCUCACCAGUACAGCACAAAGCACUUCAGCCAGACCCAGUGAGUCAAAGUGGUCUCCUGGCGGCGGUUCUGUGUCCAACUCCUCCCUGGCCCAUGAGCUGUGGAAGGUCCCCCUGCCUCCCAAGGCGCUGUCUGUGGCAGCCCCAUUCAGACCACCACCUGGCCUUACCAGCCAGAAGCCCAACGCUUCCACAUCCGGUUGGGAUGGCUCUGCCCUGAGGCUGGGGGGGUGGGGCUCCUCUGAAUCUAGAUACACACCUGGUUCCAGUUGGAGUGACAGCAGCAGCUCAGGGAGAACCCAAUGGCUUGUUCUGAAAAAUCUCACACCUCAGAUUGACGGCUCUACCCUGAGGACCUUGUGCAUGCAGCACGGCCCUCUGAUCACAUUCCACCUCAACCUGCCACAUGGUAACGCCGUGGUAUGCUACAGCUCCAAGGAUGAGGCCGCAAAGGCCCAGAAGAGCCUGCACAUGUGUGUUUUGGGGAACACUACUAUUCUGGCUGAGUUUGCCAGCGAGGAGGAAAUUAAUCGUUUCUUUGCACAAGGGCAGUCAUUGGCCACUCCCUCCUCUGGCUGGCAGACCAUUGGCUCCUCUCAGAGCAGAAUGGAUCAGUCUCACCCCUUUCCCAGCCGCGCUCCUGAACCUAACCAGUGGAACAGCAGCGAUCUCCGCAGCUCCUCACUAUGGGGCGGGCCCAACUAUUCCAGUAGCCUGUGGGGGAGCCCCAGUGGCACCGAGGCGGGUAGGAUCAGCAGCCCUUCACCAAUGAGCUCCUUCCUCCCGGUGGAGCACCUGACAGGGGGCGCGGACUCCAUGUGAAUCGCCUGCCAAUCAAACAGGUUGGGGGAAGGGUCAGUAGAGAAUUAUCAAUAAUCAGCAGAAGAAAAUGAAAAAAAAAAGUUAUAAAUGCAAUGGCACUAGUUGGACUCUUUCUCACUUACAAGAUAUAAAACAAAACGGGGUCUCCCCUGUGGAAAACAAGUUACGUUUCUCUCUGCACAUAUGUCCACUUUGUUUUAGCCCAAAAACAUAUCAGUCGGAAUACUUGAAUCAUGCAGGCCAAUUCUAUAAUGUGAACAGAUGGAUAUUUGCUUCCAGGUAGUGCUCUUUCAGACCGAAAAAAGCUUCAAUCAAGCUCAUUAUUAUAUAUAUAUAUACAUAUAUAUUUUUUUUGUUUGUUUCAUUUGUCAUGUUUAUUUGAAUUCCAAUUCUUUUCAUUUUUAACGUUUUCUUUUAGUUUUUUUUGCAUUUGUUUGCUGACAAUGUUGGAGUAUGAGCUUUUUAACUUUGCACUGAAUGUGGUUUUUCUCAGUAUAUAUAAUCUGCAAUAUAGAGGGAGCAGCCAGUUUUUCCAGUGUAGCUGUUUACUCAUUGAGGUCCUUACCGUAUGCGUGUGCACGUAUGUGUGUGGAAGUACUGUGUGUAUGUGUGUUUGACUGCGUGUAUAAAUGAGUUUGUGCGCUCCUCUCUGCCUUGGCACGCCUACCUUACUGCGUUGUCGUGGAGUUCAAGAUCAACAGAUAGUUAAAGAAAAAAGAUGACUUAGGAGGAUUAUCUGGUGAUAGUAAGAGGGACAUUAAAGUAUUGCACCUAUUUUGUUUUAAAACUAAAGAACGUUGAGCUCUGCAGUGCAAAGGACUGUAGCCGCAGCUGGGACUAGCAAGCCCCGCCCGCCCUAAUGUAGGGGGUGGGGCAAAUCUAGCAAGCCCUCCCACUAGCCCCCUAGUGGGCAGGGGGGAAACAGCACUUUCAGAAUAGGCUUUCAAUGUUUUGGAGGUGCCACACUGCAACCUCUUGUUUACAAGACUUAGGAGGUGGGACGUGUGUUCAUUCUUCAUUUUAAAGAGAAGAUGGAAUAAAAUAUAAAAUACUCAAAAAAAAUAUAUAUAUAAUAAAAAUUACAAAAAAAUUACAAAACAGAUGAAAAACUUAAAAAAAAAAAAUGAAAACUCUUAUUGAGGAUGAAGACGAUGCUUUGUAACUCUGGGAAUUCGGAUCAGUGUUUUUGGCCAUGGCGUUGGUUAUUUGAAUUAUUCCUCUUUGUCUGCUAAAUAACCAGCAAUGGUUCUCAGGAAAUCAAGCCAGUUUCCCCCCCUUGUAGGUGAA